UGGAACACGUUUUGUCAAUACCUGCGUAACCAGCAGCCACCAGUUCACAUCUCGCAGUGUGGCUCAAACCACAUCCUCGAUUUCCUCCAAUACCUCGACCAAUUCGGGAAGACGAAGGUUCAUGUCCAUGGAUGCGUUUUCUUCGGACAGGUUGAGCCGGCGGGACAGUGUAACUGUCCUUUAAAACAGGCGUGGGGGAGUUUAGAUGCGUUGAUCGGACGGCUAAGAGCGGCUUUCGAGGAAAACGGAGGGUUGCCGGAGAGAAACCCUUUUGCCGGCGGCGGGAUUAGGGUUUUUCUGAAGGAAGUGAGAGAUUCGCAGGCAAAGGCAAGAGGAGUUCCGUACAAGAAAAGAAAGAAGAGGAAGAAGAGGAAUCCUAUGAAGAGUCAUGAUGGUGAAGAUGGUACUACGGGAACUAGUAGUAGCUCCAACUUGCCUUCUUAGCAAGCAAACA